AUGGGAAAGUCGCUUCCCUCGACGGCCAGGCUGUACCAAGUCGCCAAAACGACGUCGCAGAGUCUGAUAACUCCAAAGCAUCCGAGGUCCGCAUCGCCGAACCCAGAAAUAGGCCAAAAGUCGAAGAGGCCGCGGUUGAAGGAGAUGGAGACUGAGAGCAGCUCAAAGAAGGAGACCAACCACCGUCUGCCGCUUUCGGAGGUCGUAUCGGAUUGCAUAAAGCGGUGGUUCAAAGACACGCUUAAAGAGGCCAAAGCCGGAGAUAUUAACAUGCAGGUCUUGGUGGGUCAGAUGUAUUAUAACGGUUAUGGUGUUCCCAGAGAUGCCCAUAUGGGAAGAAUAUGGAUUACAAGAGCGUCAAGGACGCGAUCUUCAGUUUGGAAAGUUAGUGAUAAGCAGCCAGGUUAUAAUGCAAGUGAUUCAGAUUCAGAUGAAUUGAAGGGUGAUUCUUAG